AAGUAAUUGCUUUACUUCCUCUGCGACAUCAUUUAGUGUAAUUUGCGUUGUUUAUAUAAAACGUGGGGACACGUAACUUUGACUUUGUGAUUUCUUUGAAACGUAAACAUGACGAGAUCGCUGUCUGUACUCCUUUUAACUUUGGGUUUUAUUGGCGCAAGUUACGGAGUGACAUCCAAACUUGACUUCGGAGAGGAAGAAGCGUCCGUCGUAACGAAUUCGAGCAAGGAAGACGAUGAUGUGGAAGUAAAGCACACAAUCGUCGUGUCCACAAAGCUGAGGAACAAUCAUCGCAAAGGAAUACAUAAUAACGAUGACUCGAGCGGUUUUUUGCACUCGUUAGGAACCAGUAGCUCUAAGAAAGAUGACAGCGGCGAAGUACCAGUUGUGGCAGCCUAUAAAUCUGUUGAAACAACAAAAAUCAGAACCCCGGACACUCGUUUCAAGACAACAGUUUAUCCAGAUUUUGUACCAAUAAGAAGAAACUCGAGAGACGAAUACGAUCGCUACCCAAAUUUAGACUUGAAUCAGUUCAAACCAUCGAGCUUUUACAAUAACAUAAACUGGUGGAAUCAAGACAGCAACAUUCAUAGACAUAGACCUGAUUACACGAAGACAAAUAGAGGCUAUGGCGACGAUGGAGUGAGAGAAUUUUACUGCAGAAAAUGCAGGGAAUUAAACGGUCCUAGGGGGUGCAUACCAAGAGGUAAUUCCUGGAUUGUUGAAAGCACUACACCGAGAAUAAAAAUCGAUGGCAAGAUUGCCAAGUUAAAUUGAGCUAUGACUAACUUAAACAAAUCGUUCUAUUGUGAUGCAAAACUUAUUACGAGGCAGCAAAAAAUGAUGAUGCUAUCGAAACAACCUUGACUUGUAAAGGCUGCAGUGUGUGAGCAAUACGAUUAUUUUACUACACGCCACUUUAAUGUACAUCUUGAAAUAACUUACCAUAUCGGAAUUAUUUUCCUUGCAAUGAACAACGAGUUUCUUGCACAUAACAUUGUAAUCGAACACACGUUACCAUAAGUGGAAAACAAUAAAAAUACACAUAAAAUUUAA